UGCUGGAGGAUUACUUGCAUGUAGAUAUUGGUACUUUCAGACCUCAAUACUUUCUCCUCCACUGCCAUCUUUAGAUUUCUUUCCUUCAAGAGUAAAGGCAUAAAAAUGUCCUGCAGAGACCUUCGUGAUGUGACCUGGCCGAGGUCAGCGGCUACCAAAUGUUUACCCCUCACGCCCAACUAUGUGGAUGGAGGAGUUUGGAGUGGGUGUGCCCUGCGAUGAUGUGCUCACAAAGUCCACACUGUCCAGACAGUCCUGUGCACACCUAGUCCCCACCCCUUCUCUCACCCCCUCAGCUGCCUACCUCUCCCCUCCUGCGGUCCCCUGUACUCUUCUCCCGCUCCUCUCCCGGGGUCAGUUACUCGUUUGAAGUUACUACUACUCGAGGGGUUUUGGAGACGCUUUGCUCUGUCUGACGCUCAUCCUUCGCAGCCACCAUGGUUCACAGCAGCAGUAUCUGCAGAUUCCUCCUCCUGGUGCUCCUAGGCCUCAUGGUAGCCUUUGUACACACAGAGGCAGAUGCAGACCCAGUCUCAACAACCAGGGACAACCAGGACACCAUGUCUGGAGAGCCACCCAGUGACAUCACCACCAAAGAUCCUUUCCAGGGUAUAACGGAGCAGCCCUUCACCUUCGACUACGAGGACACCACACACUCCCAUGCCAUGGAGGAGGAGGAAGGGGUGCUGGGGCCAGGGGCCAUCACAGCCAUUGUUAUAGCAGUCUUCCUGGGAGCGUCUGUCCUCCUUGCCCUCAUCGUCAUCACACUCAGGAAGUUCACCACCUCCUAGAGUGAAUGCCUCCCAUCUUGUGUGUGUAUGCAUGUGUGUGUUUGUAUGCCAUGAGUGUGACAACAUUUUCUCUUGUGCCUCUCAUCUCAAUCUCUGAACUCACCCCUCGUCUUUCUUUCAACCAUGAAUUUGUGUCUUUCGCCGUAGAUGCUAAGAAAUUGUGGCAGGUCCCUUGACUGACUGUUACUCCUGUAAACUCGCUCUAAUUGUUGCUCAACGUGUCCACUUGUUACUAAAGGUGUGAUGUUAGAAACUGGCUGGCUCUUCCAGUGGAAAUCAUAGCAUGUCCAUGUCAUUUUAAUUUUGUUCAGCUGUCUUACAUGCACACUCUAAAGGGGUUUUUAAUGUUUGUGGGCUGUUUGUUUCCUGAUAGUCUUUCCCUUAUGUUGAGAGUUUGAUGUGAAGCAUGCUGUAUGUGUUUGCUUUUAUUUGUUCAAGAAGUGUAUGUGCUUUUGUUAGUCUGUGUCUUAUAGGUAUUUUUUUAGAUUUACGUGCCUAAAUGAAAUUGAGGUCUUUCACAAUGACUUCACCUUGUGCCAAAACUAUUUCUAAAAUAUCCCCUCUGUGUCACCCGUGUACAAGUCUUUAAGUUUGUGUUGCACCAUUAACAAACAUUUGUAGAGUCAAAAAAAGGAGAAAACAUUUUUAAAAAGGCUUCUUCGAUGAAUGUAAACAGGGUAGUCGGGUUGUUUGUUCUACCUGCAAAGCAAAUAUACAGUUAGUUGAGUGCAAACACACAUUCAUCCUCGCUCUGAGUGUUUGUAGUUUUUUGUUGUUUUAUUUGCAGGAGGGGGGAAUUUAUUUCAGUAAAAUUAUUUUGUGUUUUUCUAUACGCCUCAUUGUCCUCAGUACCCAGCUAUACAGCUGGAUGUUGUCAUGGUAAUGUCACUGCCCAAUUAUUUUGUUCAAAAUUCCAGAUGAAUAAAUAAAUACAAUCACAUGCCAAA